AAUGGAACAGCAAAUGUCCUUCAUAGUUUCACUGGAAGGUUUGAGUUUCCUGAGAAUAAAUUCUCUGUGAUAUUGAAGAAUCUCCAAGAGGCCGACAGUGGAGUUUAUUCUGCUGUAGCAGGAACAUCUACAGGAGACAAACUAGUAGCUGAAUACAAGGUCACAGUUCAAGGACCAGUGUCUCCAGUUGAACUGAUCGUGGACCGAGUGGACUCCAGCAGCUCAGAGUCAUGUGACCUCCAUGUGACCUGCAAGACUCACAACUCUCACAUCAGCAGCACUUUCAGAUGUGUCGACCGGGUCUGCAGUCAGGGGGGAGGAGAGCGAUCAGAGGUCACGACCUCUGGGGCUUCUCUCCAGGUCUACCUGCUGAACAGCACCAUCAUCUGUAACCAUAGCAACCAGGCUCACUGGACCCAGGACUUUAAUACGACUGAACACUUUUGCCCUGAACAUGCUGACCCUCCCUCUCCCUCUCCCUCUCUCCUUGUCUGGGUGAUUGGUAGUUGCAGUGUUGCUCUCACUCUCAUCCUGAUUGUGGGACUAAUCGUCUGGUUUUUAAAUCGUCAAAGAAGAACAAUCACAGAUUCAAGAGGGAUUGUCAACAAUACAGUUUAUGAAAAUCCUCUGGAAUCAACAUCAGCACCACGUCAGAAUGAAAACUCCACCUACAGCUUGGUGGGACUUCAAGCUGGAUCCACUCAGCCAGAGACCCUCUACGCUACGGUGGAGAAGCCUGGCAGGGUCUUUAAUGAUUAAAGAGGAAUGAUUCCCCAAAUCCCAGACUUCUGCCUCAAGUUUGUAGUGUUAUUGAAGCUUUUUAUGUAUUGGUUCAUGUGACCUGCUUUAAUGCUGAAAGAUUCUCCUCUA